UGUGGUAUAUACAGCACUAGAGUGCGCAGUGUAGUUCGAAACUGUUGGCAGUGGUUUGCAGUUACGAGAAAUGGCUGCUUCAACUAUCUGGUAGAGAAUUUCCGUGCCCCUCCUACUGUUCUUCAAGAUAUUAAUGUCAAAAGCGGGAUGGUCAAGCAGCUUCAUGUAGCCCUUCUGCUGACCAUAGCUUCAAUAUUGAUGGAGUGUAAGUUUCCGUUACUGAGAAGAAAGACAUGGAAUAUAAGAAAGUUCGCAGAUACAUCAGAAUACAUUUGGACAUACACUACGAGUGACACAGAGAAUAUUCGAUGCAAAGUGGACGUUAAACAGUUUGCAACCCCAUCGUCACUAUUCUUUAAUAGGUGGUACAAGUUAGGGACGGAAAAGACUUAUAAGGGCUUCAAAGCAGUCUUUGAUAAGAAGCACAAGGAAUGUAUGACGCUUCAUAUGAGAGGUUACAUUGAGUCUGAGUGUACUGUUUAUCACGAUAAGCGCUCUGGCUGCGCUGUUAUUAGAGUGAAGACAGAAAAUGCGCAAACUACCUAUUAUGACCUUCGAGUUCAGGACUCCUUCAUAGUGGAAGGCCCUAGCUCUAAGUGCUUUCGAAUGUUUGCGAAGCAGGCGGUUCAAGGACAUGUUAUUUAUGACGCGCAAUGUAAGGAGAUAUUUGCUCACAAUGCGAAGUCAUCAGUGUCUAUGCGAUAGCCCAUGAAUAAAAAACAAUUUGGAGAGGA